UCGUUACCGCAACAACAUACCAUACCCUUCCUACCUGUAGGUACAACACAAUUCAACAUCUUAUCAGAGCAUCAUCAGAGAGUCGGAAUCACGCAUCAGAAACACAAUUGACUACACCUACACAACCAUGGUAAGCUCACCCCCAAUUCAACCCUAACCACCUACCCAACUAACACAACCAUCCAAGGCCCCAACAGCCCCCAAAAAACGACCCUCAAUCCGGUCCAAAACAGCCUCCAAACCACGCUCAGGCUCCGGCCUCAUAUCCCGCCCGGAACCCAAAGAACCCACCACCUCCUCCUCCUUCCCAUCCACAAAAAAAGACAAGCGCCUCAUCAAAUCCUCCACCUUCCUAAACCGCAUCUCCAAAUCCAGCACCAAGAAACCCCUCAAGCGACGUCGACCCUCAAAGAAGCUUGUCACCACCCUCGAAUCCCUCGGCGAUGCGCUCCCGGACUUGGUCGAGUCCUCGAAGAAGGGCGAUGCGGAGCUAGGCAAGGUCGCGAUGAAGAGUUUGACGAGUGGCAAGGGGAGUAUGAAGAGGAGGGGGAAGGUGGAGAAGGUGGAGAGGGAGAGGUUUGGGAGGAAUUUGGCGACGUUUAUGAGGGAACAGGAUGGGGUUAGUAAGGCGGUGACGGGGGAGGGAGGUGGGGUGGAGAGGUUUAGGGCGUUGAGGGAGUGGAUUGGGAAGACGAUGGAGAAGGAGGGGGCGUUUGGGGGGAAGGAGUGA